AUGAAAAACCCAUUUCGUCCACCGCCAGCGCCGCCUGUGUUCGCCAACGGCAAGCUCGUCCCCGAGACAUCCAAUCCUUUCUCCAGGCUCUUCUUCUCAUGGCUUGGUCCCUUCCUUGCUGUGGGGUUUUCACGCCCCCUUCAGCAAGAAGAUUUUUGGAGACUCCCCGACUACCGCCUAACGGGCGACCUCACUGAGCGCGCGGAGCGUUCCUUUUAUCAACGAUGCCGUCCAGAGGAGCGCCCUGCUUUCAUACGCGUUCCGGCAACCGAGUCAAACACCGAGGAGAAAUUGGACGGGGAUACAGUUCCUGAGAAGCUUCCAGAGGUCACUACGUCAGGCAAACCGAAGAAGUACGACUCCAACCUCGCUCUCGCUCUUCACAAUGUGUUUUGGGUGGAAUGGUGGACUGCGGGUGUAUUCAAACUGGUUGCCGACACUUUGAACACCUGCACUCCGCUGGUCAACCAACUUCUCCUGACUUGGCUUACUCAGUCCUUCGUAUAUUACCGCGCAAGCACCGAGGAACAAGCAGCUCUACCGAAGCCCAGAAGCAUCGGCUAUGGGAUCGGUCUUACGUUCGCCAUUUUUUCAAUGCAAGUUUCAAUGACCUGCGGUCUUUCUCUUCGUACUAGCCUGAUCGGAGCUGUUUUUCGCAAGUCUUUGCGCCUUAGCGGCAGGGCUCGCAACAUGCAUAGCGCUGGUCCAAUCACGACCAUGAUUUCGACAGACGCCAGUCGGGUAGAAUGGACCAGUUGGACUGCUCACGGCCUGUGGGUUUCUCCCAUUCAGAUUAUUCUCGGCAUUGGCUUGCUUGCUCGCAAUGUCCUUCUCGUCGGCUUUCCGAUCCAAUUCCUACUUGCCAAGGCCAUGUUCGCGCAGCGCAAGAAGGGAGUCGCUCUCACUGAUCAGCGAGUCCGCAUGACCAACGAAGUCCUCUCCGGGAUCCGCCUCAUCAAGUACUUUGCAUGGGAGUCAUUCUACUCCCAUCAUGUCGGUGACCUGCGAGAGCGGGAAAUUCAGACAAUCCGUCGUCUUACCGCCGUGCGUUCAGCGCUGCUCGGCGUAGUCACCGUUAUCCCGGUUUUAGCCACGGUACUAUCAAUCGUGACAUACUCCCUCCGCAGCGGUAGUUUCGACGUCGCGGUGGUGUUCUCCUCCGUCCAAUUCUUGGGGAUCAUUCGGAUGCCGCUCAUACUGCUACCGAUCGUCCUAGCGUCCGCUACAGACGCCGUGGUAGCAUUGCGGCGCAUCUCGACUUUCCUUCGUGCCGAAGAGCUGGAAGAACCUUACCUUAUCGACAAGACUGCGGUAGACGCCAUCGCCGUCGACGGCGAUUUCACGUGGGAGACUGUGCGAAAUGGCCCCACCGAGCCGCCAAAGUUUGGCGGGGGAGCAUACGAAGGUCAAGAUAGGAAGGGAGGAAAGCAAGGAAAGGAAAAAGGGGGGAUCUUGCCGAUCACCGGCGCUGACAUGAAGGGUACCUCGGAGGAGAGCCAGGGAGCAAAUGAGGAGAAGCCGUUCGCGCUUCACGACCUCAAGCUGAACAUCCCGAAAGGCUCGUUCGUCGCCAUUGUUGGGCCAGUCGGUUGUGGAAAGAGCUCUCUACUUCAGGCGUUGAUCGGAGAGAUGCGCAAGACCCGCGGUAAGACUGUAUUUUCAUCGACUACCGCGUACGUCCCGCAGACGGCAUGGAUCAUGAACGCUACACUCCGACAAAACAUCGUCUUUGGUCAAGAGGAGAACGACGCAAAGCGAGUUUCUUUACGAUUCCGCAGCGUCGUCAAAGCUUGCUGCCUCGAACCAGAUCUCGCGAUGCUUUCGCACGGAGAGGAGACCGAGAUCGGCGAGAAAGGCAUAAACCUCUCCGGCGGCCAAAAGGCCCGCGUGUCUCUCGCCCGUGCGGUAUACUCCGGUGCCGAAAUCGUUCUCAUGGACGACUCGCUCUCCGCCGUCGAUGCCCACGUCGGCAAGACCCUCCUCGACACGCUUCUCCUUCGCGGUCCCCUCGCCGACAAGACCCGGGUGCUCGUCACGCACGCGCUGCACGUUCUCGACCGCACGGACUAUAUCUACGUCAUGGAUGAAGGCCGGAUCGUCGAACAGGGCACGUACGCGGACCUCAUGGUAAAUGGGCCCAACUUUUCGCGUCUGAUGGAAGAGUACGGCUCUCUUGAUAACCAGGACGAGGCUGCCAUGGCGGCCAAGAAGACGGAGGCCACCGCUGCAACAGCGAAGGAAGCUGAGGACGAGCUCGAGAAGUUGGUUCCCGACACAUCCCCAAAAGCACUCAUGCAGGAGGAGGAGCGCGUGACAGGUGCCGUUGACUGGUCGGUCUACAUACGCUAUUUCAAGUACUGCGGUGGUUUGGUGGUAGUCCUGCUUGUGGUCUUGUUGCUACUGCUCUUGCAAGGCGCACAAGUUGGCAAUACUCUUUUCCUUGGGUUCUGGACGUCGUCGUCGAUCCCAGGAUUCACGACGUCGGACUACAUUUGGACAUACACCGCGCUUGGUGUCGCCAGUGGGGUGUUUUUCUUCUUGGUCGGUCUUGCUAUUGGUUUGGCUAGUUUGACCGGAGGUCUCGAAAUGUACAAGACGGCGUUCGGCGCUAUCAUCCGCUCGCCAGUCUCGUUCUUCGACACUACUCCUAUUGGUCGCAUCGUGUCGCGCCUUUCCAAAGACCAAGACACGAUCGAUGCCGAACUUUCCAUGGUGGCGAUUCAACUCCUUACCACCGUUGGCAACGUGCUGGGAACUGUCGCCUUGGUCUUUUACACCUUCCCCUAUCUCGGUGUUAUUUUCGUCCCGAUGAUCAUCCUCUAUUACGCCGCAGCUCUCUACUAUCGAAGCAGCUCGGUUGAGACAAAGCGCCUUGACUCCCUGCUCCGUUCGCUCCUGUAUUCUUCGUACUCCGAAGCCCUGACUGGGUUGAGCACUCUCCGCGCCUACCGCUCGCAGGAUCGGUUCGUACAGAAGUCAAACCAAGGGCUCGACCAAGAGAAUCGCGCGUAUUACAUGACAAUUGCCAUCCAGCGUUGGCUCGCAGUGAGACUCGACGUGCUUGGCAACAUCCUUAUCCUCGGUAUCGGUCUCUUCGCCGCCGGCUUCAGGUCGUCUGUCGACCCUAGCAAGAUUGGCGUCGUUCUGUCGUACACCCUCGGCACUACGAUGGUGUCCAUGUACGCGCAGAACGAGCAGAACUUCAACGCCGUCGAGCGCGUGCUGUACUACACUGACCUCCCCACGGAGGGCGCCCCGACGAAUCUCGAUGAUCCUCCUCCAUCUUGGCCUGAGCACGGCGAGGUCAAGUUCAAGGAUGUCAAGAUGGCCUACCGGCCGGGGCUUCCUCCGGUCCUCAAAGGCGUCACAUUUGAAGUCAAGCCCGGAGAGAAGGUUGGCAUCGUCGGUCGCACGGGAGCAGGGAAGAGCUCGCUCUUGCAGGCGCUCUUCCGGAUUGUCAACAUACAAGAUGGGGUAAUUGAAGUCGACGGUGUGGACAUCGCGAAGAUUGGGCUCGAGACGCUCCGUGGGCGGCUCGCGCUUGUCCCGCAGGACAGUUUGCUGUUCAAGGGCACGCUUCGGGAGAACCUCGACCCGCAGAACACACGGACGGACGCCGAACUGCUGGAGUCGCUGCGGCGCGCGUGGCUCCUGCCAAAGGAGGGUGCCCCGAUUGACGCGACGACAGAAGCUAAAUUCAGCCUCGACUCGACGGUCAGCGACGAAGGCUCUAACUACAGCGCGGGCGAGAAGCAACUGCUCGCGCUAUGCAGGGCGUUGGUCAAGAACAGCCGCAUCAUUGUCCUCGACGAGGCGACGAGCAGCGUCGAUGUCGAGACGGAUGCAAAGGUGCAGCGGACGAUCCAGACCGAGUUCUCGUCGUCGACGCUCUUAUGCAUCGCCCACCGACUAAACACCAUUGUCUACUACGACCGCAUCCUCGUCAUGGACGCCGGCAAGGUCGCCGAGUACGACACGCCCCUCGCGCUCUUCGACCUCGAGGAUUCGAUCUUCCGCUCCCUCUGCAACGAAGCUAAGCUCUCCCGCCAAGACAUCCUCCGUAUCCGUUCCUCCGUUCAGGCCCGCGAUCGCGAUACCCCCCUGUCCCAAGAGCACGCAUCUCAAUGA